AUGACAAUGCUAGAAGACAUCCGCGACGGCUUACUGCACGUCCCCGACACCGAAGACUCAGUUGCCGACUCAGACACAGCGCCCAUCUAUCUCAACUGGGGAUUCACCAUCUAUCGCACGGAAUAUGGCGGGUCAUCUGAGCAGAACUGGCAGGCGCUACUGGCCAACAUCCGAGCUCAGGUUGCCGAGGAGUUGGAUGUUCACCGCGAAGAUGACGAUCAACAGGAGACUAUCGAUCAGCUCCUCAAUCUCUUCCGCAUCGAUUUCCGUUCGGACGCCACACUUCUGCAGGGCAAGUCGAUCGAUGAGCUUCGUCAACUGUUCUUGAACCCAGCAGACACGGGGGACACUCGCCCCCCUCUCAACGCAGACGCUCCAACCCGACCGCCCCAGUACGGCUACUUCCUACUAGCUGACACCGAGGUGUUGGGAAGCCCGGACUCGUGGGUCAAAUGCGUGCAAGCGGACUACAUGGCGGCCAACUAUGUACCGAGGAACGCGCGAGUUGGUGGACAACGGUACUUUGGCUGGAUGAAGAUGACCACUAGAAGUCUUUUGGAGCUGUGGAAUGAGCUUGCCGCUCGUGCCUUGGACAGCAUCGCGCCAGAGACGGUCGGUGGCAUGCACCUGAUCACUUGGGAUGGAGAGCUGGACUAG